GCUUGACGGUCCAGUUUCUCGGGCCUUAUCAACUAGCCCAACAACUUUUUGUAGUCCUUUCUGCUUUCUGUGCGACUUACUUCUCAAUGCCGCCUCUUUUCCCAUUAUACCUACUACUACUUAAGAAUAUGGCAGGCAUUGAGACCGGCGUAGCCAUCCUUGGCAUCAUUCAGGUCACUGCACAGAUCAUUAAGCUCACAACAAACUACAUUGAAACCGUUCGAGGCACGCCAGGAGAUGUAUUCGUAGUUCGGAUCGAGGUUCUCUCGCUGAGAACCACCCUAGAGAGCCUGCAACAUCUCCACGAGUCGAAUGAGUUGGUCCUUGACAACCUGAACAAACUGCUCCCCGGUUGCCGGCGUGCCCUCGACGAAUUGGAGACGCUUUUACGUCCCUUUACGAAUAAUAGGGAUGAGUGUACACAGCCGAAUGGUUCCAAUAUUUCAUCUUCGCGUAAUUCUAUCAAACGAGCGUGGGCCAGCCUCAAAUGGCCCAGCAAACAGGAGAGAGCGAGGAAGCUCCUCGAUGAUAUCUCGCGAUACAAGUCAAGCAUGGCGCUUGAGCUUAUGAAAAGCAACAGUGGCGAUCUCCGUGACGUCAAAGACGAGAUCCAACACCAGGGGGUCAUGCUUACCAGUAUCCAAGACACGCUACGCGAAAAAGAGGAAGCAGAUCUACUAGGCUGGAUCUCACCCUUGAGGGUCAUGUACCGGGAGGUGCACGAGAUGACCGUGCGCAAACGCUUUGGAACAACCGGAAGCUGGCUGUCAGAGCAUGGGGCCUACCAACAUUGGUAUUCCCAUCCCGACGGCGGUGGCGACUUCUUCUGCCUCGACGGCCUUUCUGGGAGCGGAAAGUCGGUGCUAGCUUCUGUUGUCAUUGAAGACUUGUUAAACCGAGCGGAGAACGAUGGUCACGUUGUUUUGUAUUUCUGCUUCGCCAUGAAGGAUGCGACGAGAAACUUUCUGGCAGCCCUUUAUGACACCAUCGUCCGGCAGAUGCUUCUGCACAGCUCGGUCGGGUAUGAGGAUGUCGCGGAUCUGAAGCGGAAGUUUCUAGGGGAACACCCAACACGAGACGCCUAUUUCAACCUUUGCAAGAAGCUACUGGCACAAAUGGGAAGAGUGUACCUGGUGGUGGACGGGGUUGAUUCUUUCGAGUGCCGAGAGUUUGGGCUUUUGCUGGAGUUCCUUGACGACCUCGUCUCGUUUGCCAAGGCAGCAUCGACCAUGGACACAUCAUCUGGUACGGCAACAAAAGGUUCGCAGUCAGACAUGUCAACGACAGUCGUGUCAACGACAGUCGUGUCAACGACAGUCGUGUCAACGAUUGUGGACACGGCCAAAGAGCAGUCGCUACGCUCACCACCAAUCGCGUCUGGCCUCGAUCUGAGAACCUUUAUCACGACCCGACACCUUUCCGAAAUCCAAAAGCGACCCAAGCUGGCCCAGAAGAUCGAUUACCACCUCAGAUUAGAUCAGCACCUCAUGGAGUCCGACAUACGUGCCUUUAUCGAGAACCAGGUCGAAGAGAUGGACAAUGAAUGUCUUGAUGCCAUGGGACCGGAUUUGCAGCAAGCCGCAAUCGAUCAGAUCGUUAAGAAGAGUGAUGGCAGGUUCAUUCAAGCUGUAAUGCAUGUCCAGCGCAUCGGGGAGCUCUACACAGUUGAGCAGAUUGAGGAUGCAGUCGAAAACAUGUCUAGCGACCUGGGCGCUACAUACAAGCAGAUCCUUAUAGACAUUCUGCCCAACUUUCCAAAAGCCGAAGACCGCCAGGUUCUUAAAUGCAUGCUCAUUUGGCUCUGUCAAGCUAACUACUGCUUGGACCUUCCCGAAUUUGUUGCCAUGACGAACCUCAAGGCCAAUCUCGACGGCACGAUCAACAAGAAUGCCAUUCCAAUCCGACCCGAGGCAUUUUGCUGGCGCCUCGGUCCGCUCCUGAACCUCGACCGUCACGUGGAUCCUCCCGAGGUGAACCUCAGCCAUAUGACCAUGGAGGUCUUCUUCCCCUCAGGAGCAUUGCUGCAAACAGACCCCCUGCAUCCCGAACUUCGAGAAUUUCACGUGGAUCCCCUGAAAUCACAGAGAUUUCUCGCCAAAGAGUGUCUCCGGUUUCUUCGAAUGCGCGAUUUAGACAAGACGUUGGCGCCCCUGGCAUCGUCAGCGGAUUACGAGGAGAAGACUAAAAAGAGCAACCCCUUGGCAGGCCUCCACGGGGGGCUAGGGGUUUUGAAAAGCCAUGACGAACACAAAUGGGUGUUAGCAAUGGGCGAGAGGCUCCAGCCACGGCAUGGAUGCCUCGGGCUCCAGUACGCGGCUAUCAACUGGCCGGAUCACGUCAGGCGGGCUCAGUACACUCCGCAGGAAUUUAGAGAGCAGGUCUUGCCCCUUUUGAAUGACUGGUUCAAGAUCGGUCAGGGACGCUAUCAGAGCUGGCAGGAGGCGCAUGCCUACUAUUGCUCGUCUUCGACGUGUCCCUGUGGCGUGUGGCAGAAGCCUGAGACCUUUCUCGAUAUCUUUGGCCUAUCGGAAUUGAAUCGGAAGGCCAAUCUAGGGGCUGGUGGAGAGGAGGAACACGAAGGAGAUAGUGGUGGACUGACAACUUACAUUAGCGUUCAAGCACCACACGCCAACCAGGAAAGCACAGAAGAGUCAAGAUGCAGAGCGAAAGUCGAGUGCCAAAGCUGCGGGGGCCGUCACUCAACGCACGCGCCGGCAGGACAUAUCCCUAGCCAAACAGAGGCCUAUGCUGUCGCGCCAACAGCGCGUAUCAUACCAGAACUUUACGUCUGCCCGAUCGCACCACGGCCGCACGUGCGGGUAGGAAAGAAACAGAGUGAUCCGCGACAGGAGCAAAUCAGACGGGCCCUGCAAGACUCGAAGCGGAGGAACAUUUCGAAUUGUUAAAGAGAUGAGGCACACGCACAUAGACUCGAGGUUGCGGGUAGGAGAAUGCACAACGUAUAUCCAACCCAACACUCGGCACGUCAAUCAUGAUUAUCCUCUUAUCGCAGUAAAUCUCAACGCCCUACGACAGUCAGCGUCCACUCUCAAUUCCGUUCCCACGACGAAGGA